AAGAUGGCGGCCGUGGUGGAGAAUGUAGUGAAGCUCCUAGGGGAGCAGUACUACAGGGACGCCAUGGAGCAGUGCCACAAUUACAAUGCUCGCCUGUGUGCAGAACGAAGUGUGCGCCUGCCCUUCCUGGACUCCCAGACUGGAGUGGCCCAGAGCAACUGUUACAUCUGGAUGGAAAAGCGGCACCGGGGGCCAGGGUUGGCCUCAGGGCAGUUGUACUCCUAUCCUGCCCGGCGUUGGCGGAAAAAACGCCGAGCCCACCCUCCUGAAGAUCCCCGCCUGACCUUUCCAUCCAUCAAGCCAGAUACAGAUCAGACCCUGAAGAAGGAAGGACUGAUCUCUCAGGAUGGAAGCAGCUUGGAGGCCCUACUGCGCACUGACCCCCUUGAGAAGCGAGGGGCCCCCAAUCCCCAAGCAGAUGAUGAGAGCUUGGGAGAAUUCCCUGUUACCAACAGCCGAGCAAGGAAGCGGAUCCUGGAGCCAGAGGACUUCCUGGACGAUCUAGAUGAUGAGGACUAUGAGGAAGAUACCCCCAAGCGCCGGGGCAAAGGCAAAGCCAAGGGCAAAGGGGUGAGCAGCGCCCGGAAGAAGCUGGACGCUUCUAUCCUGGAGGACCGAGACAAACCCUAUGCGUGUGACAAUAGUUUCAAACAAAAGCAUACCUCGAAAGCGCCCCAGAGAGUCUGUGGGAAGCGUUACAAGAACCGGCCGGGCCUCAGUUACCACUACGCUCACUCUCACCUGGCUGAGGAGGAGGGCGAAGACAAGGAGGACUCUCAGCCUCCCACCCCUGUGUCCCAGAGGUCUGAGGAGCAGAAAUCCAAAAAGGGUCCUGACGGACUGGCCCUCCCCAAUAACUACUGUGACUUCUGCCUGGGUGACUCCAAGAUCAACAAGAAGACGGGACAGCCUGAGGAGCUGGUAUCCUGCUCAGACUGUGGCCGCUCAGGGCACCCAUCCUGCCUCCAGUUCACCCCUGUCAUGAUGGCUGCUGUGAAGACCUACCGCUGGCAGUGUAUCGAGUGUAAAUGCUGUAACAUCUGCGGCACCUCAGAGAACGACGACCAGCUGCUCUUCUGUGACGAUUGUGACCGUGGCUACCAUAUGUACUGUCUCACCCCCUCAAUGUCGGAGCCACCUGAAGGGAGCUGGAGUUGCCAUUUGUGUCUGGACCUGCUGAAGGAGAAGGCUUCCAUCUACCAGAACCAGCACUCUUCUUGAUGUGGCCAGGAGCCCAGGCACCCUCAGGCCCCUCCCAUGUAGGGGGCUCUGUCUUUCGAACCUCUCUUGUUUUCCAGUCUCUCCUCUCCCGUCCUCCCCUUUGGCAGGCCCAGGGAGGGCAACAGCUCGGACACUACCCCUCUGUCCAGCCCCAGCCCCUCCUAAAGUCAGGGGAGACAGGCUGCCCCUAGGAAGAAACGGGCCCUGGCUGCUCCUUGCUCCUUUGCUCUCCAUAAAGUGCAUUCACUCUGCCUGCCUUGGGCCCAGGCCCUGGUUCUCACAGGGUUCAGCUGUGCCCUCCACACUGGAACAGGAGGGCAGCUCACUUCUUUCCCAGCUCUGCCCACUCUGCCUCUAGAGUUUGCCCUCCUUUCCAAGGGCCUCCACAAGGGGCCCAGUGAGCUGGGCAAGCCUGGAGCUCUGGCUCCUCCCACCUCCCACCUCCCUCCUCUCCUGCCCUGCUGGAAGGACGCCCACAGCGCUCUGCCUGCUGCAGAAGGGCACCCGGAGCAUGGCAUGCCGCUUGGUCACCCUGACCCCUGGGUGCCGCCUGCCUCCUCCCUCCUGGCUCAUCUUCCAUAGCCCUCACUAGUGGCAAAAGUGAUUCUCGGUCUUGUGCAUCCACUCUUUCCUCAGUUCCCCUUCUCCUUGUCGUUCUUUUGUUUUGUGGGGAGAAGGGAAGCAUCAGGGGGCCAUCCAGCAGUGUGGGGGCCAGAGGGAGAUGUUGGAUAAUGUGCCUGUUUUUUAACUCGACUUCAAGCCUACCUCCAGAAUCCCCUUUCCGUUCUUCCUCCUCCCUACCUGGGCCUUCAGCCUUCUGCCCUCAAUUGAGUUGGGAGCCUCUAGGCCCCAGCUCAUGCACCCAAGCUCCUAGGUCACAGGAGAGCCCCUCGGACACCCCUUCCUCUCCUCGCAUGCUUGCUAGCAGCUGGUAAGGCCCUGAUGCCCCUGGCUCCUCAGGCUUCUGCCAGGCGAGGCUGAUAGUGGUGUGGGAGGGGCAGGGCCAUGGCAGUGCCCCCUGCUUGGCCUCAAGGCUGGGCCUCUCUCGCUGUCACUUGGGAGUUGAGGUGUCAUUUUUUAGUUACUGUAUUCCAGACAUUAGUACAAUAAACAUUUUUACACGGAA